GGAGAGGUGAAUUUCCUAUCUGAUGAUUAACUCUGUUAGUAAGAUUUGGCUUUGGGGAGGUGGGGAGAAAGGGAAUCCGCUGACAAGAGCGAAGGCUGAAGUCAGCUGCAGUGCAGGAUUGCUGAGUGACUGAGCACGUUGUUUUCCCAGUUCUUUAUUGCUGCUGCCUUGCCUACACAUACUCUGCCUUCUUAUCAAACUUUCUUGAUACCAGGGAUUAACGUAUUGAUGUGUUGUCCUGGAGCCUGGAAACAUAAGAAAGCAGAAUAGAUAGUUUGAAAUAAUUAUGCCCAGCUAUUUUGUGGCUCUGAACUACAGUUUUGCCAGGAAGUUGAUUCUGCAGGUGUUUCUGAACACAGACUGAAGGCCUGCGGCAUGCCAGAGAGCAUCGGCCAGGACACGAGGGCAUUUAGCAACCAGGAAAAUUACUGGCUUUUUUGAGGAAGAAGCAAAGAGGAAACCUUUAUUUCUCGUGUAAUUGGAAGGCAGAGCAAUACAGCUUUGACACCUGGUUAACUUCAAGAAGCAUUUUUCAGCAUACCUCGACUGUGAAUCUUGUAACUCGGACACAAAAGUGCCUUGGGACUUGAGCAAAUAAUUCAUUGGAAGAAUUGCUUGGACAAAGGACUCAUUGAAAAAUCAUGGCAAAGCACUUGGAGAUCAUCAAUCUGUCAUUUUUGUUGGAACAUGAAAGGGAAAUGAUACUGGGAGUAUUGAAGAGAGAUGAAUAUCUGAAAAAAGUUGAAGAUAAAAGGAUAAGGAAAUUGAAAAAUGAGCUUCUGGAAGUGAGAAGGAAAGGUGGAAACCGACACUGUCAACAGGACAACAGCAGAGUCUGUAUUCGCUGUCAGAAAAGCCUGGGCUUAAUCUUUGACAGAGGAGACCUGUGCCAAACCUGCAAGCUUAGAGUUUGCACUAAGUGUCGUGUCGUGGGAGCUGAUGGGCAGUGGAAAUGCUCGGUGUGUGCUAAGAUUGCACAGCUAAGGAUUGUGACAGGAGAAUGGUUUUUUGAAGAGAGAGCCAAGCGCUUCAGACAGUCAAAUCUUGGAACCGAUGUUGUCAGACAGUCUAUCCUACGCAAAUCCCCAGAUACAGUUUCCAGUAAGGAUGAAGAAAGAACAUUCACAGAUCAACCCCAAGAGAAUGAAGAAAAAGGGCCAGAUAUAUCAACCUCCUCCAUAACUGGGCAUAAAUCAGUCUUUGGCGGACCUAGAAAGAUAGGGAAGCUAAUUAGGGCAGUUACCAAAGGAGAAAUUACGUAUACAAAAGAUGAAAGUGGAAGGAACAUAGGCCCAGAAGCUGAAAGCCAAAGUCUGUGCAGUGGCAAGUCAACACCUUGUUCUGAGAGAGGGAGCACUCUUUCGCUGAACAGCAGCGCUACAGAAGCUGCUGCAGGCCAUCUGAAAGGGGCUGUGGGCCCUGCAAACAGAAGCAGUGUUUCCAUACCUUCCCUCCCGAGGUCUCCAGCACUGAGCACACGCAGCAUGACUGCAGAUUAUAGCAGGAACACUGGCUUAGAAAAUGGCAUGGUUAUUCCAGCAAGUGAAAGUGUACCUGAAGAUUUAGUAAAGAAGCAGCAUAGGAGGAAAGCAUCUGGAACACCUUCCAUUGCAGUUUCUAGAGUAUCUUUGUCAUCAGACCGUAGCCGAUCUGAGAUAGAUUUGAGUGAAUCUUUUUCUGAAGGAAAAGAGGAUACCCUGAGCAUAAGAAGCAAAUCUGUACCUAGUGCCUUAGAUGAGGACCUGGAUUACCUGGAUGAAACAGAAGAAGAUAUUGAUGACAUAGUGGCCUCUCGUUAUUCAAGGAAACAUGGACAUCUGACAAGUGCAUUAUCAAGAAACUUCUCAGAAGCCUCUGACAGAAAAUGGACCUACUUAAAUGUGCCUGAAACAGAUGGUGAUACUACAAGCAUUAACAGCAUGCUGAGUGUAUAUAGUGAAACUGGUGACUAUGGCAACGUGAAGGUCAGCGGUGAAAUCCUGCUCCAAAUCAACUACAGCUACAAAACAGGUGCCCUCAACAUCUUGGUGAAAAGCUGCAGAAACCUGGCUGUUGCAGAUGAGAAAAAGCAAAGGACUGAUCCAUAUGUCAAAGCAUACCUUCUACCUGAUAAGUCCCGCCAAAGUAAACGAAAGACCAAAAUUAAAAGUAACAGCACCAAUCCAGAAUUUAAUGAGACGCUGAAGUAUGUCAUCAGUCAUACACAGCUAGAAACCAGGACCCUGCAGCUUUCUGUCUGGCACUAUGACAGAUUUGGACGCAACAGCUUUCUUGGAGAAGUGGAAAUUCCAUUCGAUUCCUGGAACUUUGAAAAUCAGGGCGAUGAGUGGUUUGUGCUCCAGCCCAAGGUGGAGGUUGCAACAGAUGUUGGGCUUCAGUAUAAAGGAGAACUGACAGUUGUUUUACGUUACAUUCCCCCAGACAGAAACCUAAUGCUUCCUCUAGGGCAGUUUCAAGGAAAGAAGAGCUUUAAAAAAGGAAAAAAGAGAGAGACUCAUCUGCCAUCUGGAGGUAUAUUAGAAGUCCUCAUCAAAGAAGCUAAGAAUUUAACAGCGGUGAAAUCAGGAGGCACAUCAGACACUUUUGUGAAAGGAUACCUGCUCCCAGAUGACAGCAAAGCUACAAAACACAAAACUCCCAUAAUAAAAAAGAAUGUGAACCCCCAGUGGAAUCAUACAUUUGCUUUCAGUGGCUUGAAUUCCCGGGAUAUACAUAAUGUCUGUCUAGAAUUAACUGUGUGGGACAAGGAGUCGCUCUCCAGUAAUAUUUUUCUGGGAGGUGUCCGUUUGAGCACUGGAAGUGGUGUAAGUAAUGGCAAGGAGGUUGACUGGAUGGACUCUCAAGGAGAAGAGCAGCACCUCUGGCAAAAGAUGAUUGACAGUCCUGGAGCUUCUGUGGAGGGGAUAUUAAUGUUGAGAUCCAGCAUGGGAAAACGUAGACUCUGAAAGACUUUCAACUAAUGAGGGGUACCACAGGUACUCCUGAUUUCAGUGGUGUUCAACUCCUCACACUUUGCCUAUUGGAAAGUGGUGAAGAAUUUGUACUCUUUGCCUUGGGUAAUAAGGCUCCAAGUGAAAUUUUAAUGCAUUCUGCACUUUCAUGCACACGUUUUUAACCCAGGCUUCUUGGACAGAUUAUGUUUCUCCUGAAGCUUGUGAGAAUUUGACCUUGUACAGAGAUCAGACUGGCUUUCUCUGUCCCUUCUGAUGACUGGUGUACAGACGGUAAACACCUCUGCUGGUGGGGGACAUGGAGCUAGCAAACUCUCUAGAUAGUCAUUUAGUAAGUAAAGUUUGCUUUAUGUAUCUCCUCCUGGGCCAAAGACGGCCUAGAAGACAGUAGUGAUACAGUACAAGCAGAUUCAGAAUGAGUCUGUGCUUUGUUAUUUGCAAGAUGAGAAGCCAUAAUGUUCUGAAGAAUAACAAAUAACAUUUCUUUUUCAUGUUUGCUUUUUGGGCUAUGCAGUGUGCAGGAAGGCAGGCUUGGGACCAAGCAGCCCUCUAAGGAAAGCCAAUGCGCUCAUCAUUGCACACUAGAAAUAGUCAGCAGAUGAAGGGGUAUAAAGUACCAAUGUUGCAGCAUUCUCUGGGUUAUUUCAGUGUACUGUAUAUAAGGCAGGUUUGGUUCAAUGUGAUCAAAGAGCCUCUAAUGAAAAUAAUGAUAACAAAUCCCUAUAAAAUUUUUACAGCUAUGUGGUAUUACCAUGUUUUUCGUUCAGUUGACAGCUCUAGCUAAGACCUCCCAAUGUCAUUGAACAGAGGGAAUAUGUUCACAUGCCUGUCCCACCUGAUGAGUUGCUGAGAUGAGACACAUACUGGUUUGGGGCAUAAAAAAAAACGUGGAAUUUUCUCUGAAGGAGCUGGGAUCCUGUAGGUUUGGCCAAUUCAGUCAUUAAUCUUAUUAACCACAACGAGUGUUCAAGAGUAAUUUUGCUCUUUGGUUUCGUAAAGGGAUCUUUGUACCUGCUUAGAUCUGCCAUCCUCUGCAGACUUAUUCAGGUCACUUGUGAAGAACAUGCUGUUUUGUAUAGUUGUGGGCUACUGCAGCAUUUAAACAGCAGUAGUACCAUAAUAAGAGAGGAUUAUAAUCUCUUUCAAGGACAGCACAAGUCUGGAUAAAAAUAUAACUGCAUUGCACAUAAUUGCUCAGGGUAUGAAACAAAGGAAGAUUGGUAAACUGAAUGAAAAAUCCUCUGAAUCUUUCAGAAUUGGAACAUAGCUUCCUAUUUGAAUGGGUAAAUUAAUCUAUAGCUACACUUAUCCCUUAUUUUUCUACAAAUGUUUAUCAAAACACCAGUGUUUAAAUAUUUCUUAGUUGUUUGAGAGAGAGAAAUGCUGUUCUUCACAAUGUAGAAAUUGCAGGAAUUCUAGAUGGAGCAACAACAUAUGGAGAACUGAUAACUAAGUAAGUGUAGGUUAAAAUUUUGUCAUCCGUUGCUGUUCUAGUGUAUAGUCAGUAAAUGUACUUAGAGCUGAAUCCAAAAUGUUAACAUUUAAUAUCCAUUCCUUCCCACUGCUCCCCUCUUUCCCUCCUCCCCCAAAAAUAUUAUACUGUUUUUGGUUUGAGUGGCUUGAAACUGUGGGGAAGUUUGCAAGCAGUCUUUAAAAAUGCUAUUAUUAUUAGAUACAUUUGGUUUUAUUUAUUUUUGUUAAAAAUAGAAUCUUAGUUUUAAUAAAAACAGAUAGAUUUAAAAUAUUUUUUUUUGGUAAAAAUUAUGAUAAGCCAUUGAAGGUAAUGCUUUUGCCCAGUUUGAUACCCACAGUUUUUAGAAACUGCUGAGUCAUCUUUGGAGUUUCCAUAAAGAAUCUCAAGUAGGGAAUCAAAUGUCAAUAGUUGUUCCAGUUGACUUCAUUUUCCUUCUUCAUCUGUUCUUCAUUUUCAUCUGAAAUCCUGGUCAAAUUGGGCAGUGAAGCAAACUUACUUUAGUUUUAGCCUGAUUUUCAUCCUAGGCUGCAGAUGCUGUGAGCUGAUGAAGUAGAGCUCAAAUAUCAACCACAUACAUUUUAUGACCUUUCUUUUAUCAUAAUAGACUUUCUUUCUUUAAAUACUAGAUUUUUUGUAUCAGCAUCCCCAAAGUGAAACCAAACCUAACUUCUGGCACCUAAACUAUGUCUCUAUUUACAGAGUCAGAGUCUGAGUUGUCUUGCUUCUUUGCACCACAAACCAGUAAUAAUAUGUUGAUAUGGAGCCACAUGCUUGAUUUUUCACUUGCUGUAAGUUGAUUUAAAAAGAUAAAGCCUAUUAAAUCUAAAGGAAAUGAUACUUCAGGGUGAAAUUCCAGCUAGGCUUAUAGAGGAACAGUGGGAAGUCUGAGUUGUUUUUGUUUCAUUUUGAUGUUUAAACUGGGAAAAUGAUAACAAAAAAUCCUCCAUGUUGGACCCCACAGUGAAAACCUUUAUUUUUCACCAGAUUGAAAACCUUAAAAUAAUUUGGAACUGAACUAAACCUCUUACUUAAAGUGGAUUAUGAGCAUUUAUCUAAUUUUUGAAGGGUAUUUUCUAACCUUCUAAGCAUCAACGUUGUAGUUAAAUCUAGUCUUGCUUUGAAAGGAAGUAGUCCAUGCUUUACUACUUUAGUUUCUGCCCAAUUUACUCCAAUUUUUAGGUCCUGUGUUAGAGUUUAUGAUGAAUGUACUCACCUGGCUCAUACAUGGGCUUUUGGAAGAGCCAAAAUUUCUCUUUCGGCCUGCAUCUCAAAGCGUAGACCAGGCUAUGAACAGAUUCUAGGCAUCACCUGCAGUUCAGCAUAUGAGGGGAACAAUUUCAAGUGAGUAUUUAUUUCAGUCAAGGCAGUGGUGUUAGCUGUUGAUAGGAUUUGGAGUAGGUACAGUGAAAUUACCUCUUAGGUUGGCAGUGACAAUUCUACAUUAUGGUAACGUACAAUGCAUACCAUACUCUGCCUCAAAUGAGCCUCAGAGAGAUGACGAUCAUCAGUGUAAACACCAGAGCAAUUUGGAAGGCUUUGCUAUUCUGUGAUGUUACCGACAGGAAGGAUUUGAUUUGUGGAAAAUGUCACAUUUAAUUAUCUCUCUUAUAUCCUUGUUCUUUUCCUUUGCAAAAAUGAUUUAUGGUUUGGAAAAAGCAUGAGAUGAUUAACUGCAGAUGUGAUUUCUUGUUUCCCAGAUAUUUGAACAAAUUGCCUGUAAUUGUGUGUCAUUGUGUACCAUGUACUACUAGGCUGCACAAAAAGAUGGAAAGCCAGGAGUCAGACUAAAGCCUUCCUUAUGUAUGUAUGUUUGUGAUAUUGAGGAUGUAUGGCUGGUUUAAGGCUAACUUUUAGGAGAAAAUAGCCACAAUGUUAACACUGAUUCAUAAACUCCUGUCCUGAGUACUUAGGCACAGAAGAGCUGAUGUUUCUAAAAUAUUUCUCCACACAGACUUGAAUAACUUAAGAUGCUUCAGUGGAGAAGAACUUUUCUCCACACUUUUUUUUUUUUUUAAAUGUAAAACAUGAUGCAUGUUACUAGCAAUGGAACUACAGGGCUUUCAUUGCUGUCUUCUCCCUCCUUGUGAUUAGAUUCUGAGGGUUUGACCCAUUAAAGAAAAAUUAAAAUACAGCUUUGGCUGUAAAGCGUCAAGUGGGGACAGUAAAUAAUCUCUUGACAGUGUGGUUAUUGCCAGUAUCCAUCAGGAAGAGCUGAUGCUGAGCAUUGUCCAAGCCCUGCUAUCAGACUUGAGUAUCCAGACCUGUUUUCUGGAAGUUUCUCCAUUCAGCUUAUCAGUUAUACAGGGACUUUAGGCUUCUAAAAGUUCGCGCUUGCAUAUGUAGAUGCUAAAAUAGGUUAAAAUGGCCUCCUUGUCUCCUCCACAUCCAUCAUAUUACAUUUGAAUGAGGGUGGGAGGAAAACUGCAAAGGUAGUGAGGCUAUUGCCAUCUUCCUGUACUGAUCAAAGUGCCAUUGCCUUCCUUAAAUGCCUUUUAGACACCACAUUUUGAUUUUUCAUUCCCACAUAGAUGCUUAGCAGAUGGUUUAUGAGAAAAGGUAGUGGGAUGGUGAGUAUGCUUUGACCAUGAUCACAGAAUCAUUAUGGUUGGAAAAGACCUCCAAGAUCAUCUGGUCCAACCAUCCCCCUGCCACCAAUGUCACCCACCCAAUGUCACCAUGUCCAACCUUUCCUUGAACACCCCCAGGGACGGUGACUCCACCACCUCCCUGGGCAACCCGUUCCAAUG